GGAUGGAGCGGCGGGGCCCGGCGCUGGCGGCGCUGGGCGCGCUGGGCCGGCGGCUGCUCUGGGCUCUGCCCGCCUACGCCGCGGGGCUGCUGGGGCUGGGCGCCGGCGCCCUGCUGCUGGCCUUGGCUCUGUACACCGGCUGGCGGCGGCGGCGGCGGGACCGGGAGCGCGGCUUGCGCCUGGCCGCUCGCCUGCACAGCGAGGAAGAAGCCGCCGUGCGAGGAGCCGCCGCCGCCUCGGGGGUGGGAGCGGCCCGCGGGGAGCUGCCGGCAUGGGUGAGCUUCCCGGACGUGGAGAGGGCGGAAUGGCUCAACAAGGUGCUGGCUCAGGCUUGGCCCUUCUUCGGGCGCUACAUGGAGAAGCUGCUGCAGGAGAACAUCGCCCCGGCCAUCCGGGCCUCCAACGCCCACCUCCAGACCUUCACCUUCACCAAAGUGGACAUGGGUGAGAAGCCUCUCCGGGUCUUGGGGGUCAGGGCUCACCCUGGUGCCCACAACAAGCAAAUCCUGUUGGACCUCAACAUCAGUUACGUGGGUGACGUCCAGAUCGACGUGGAGGUGAAGAAGUUCUUCUGCAAGGCCGGGGUGAAGGGCAUGCAGCUGCACGGGAUGCUGCGGAUCAUCCUGGAGCCGCUGCUCGGGGACGUGCCCAUCGUGGGAGCCCUCACCAUGUUCUUCAUCCGCCGCCCGACUCUGGACAUCAACUGGACGGGGAUGACCAACCUCCUGGACAUCCCAGGGCUCAGCUCCAUGUCAGACACGAUGAUCAUGGACACCAUCUCCUCCUACCUGGUGCUUCCCAACCGCCUCCUGAUCCCGCUGGUGCCCGACCUGCAGGAGGCGGCUCAGCUCCGCUGCCCUCUGCCCCGGCAAGGCUUUGGAGCCAUCCUGCUGGAGGAACUGGUUGGGAUGGAGCUGCUGGGAGCUCAGACCCCCCAAGCCCCCUCCUCAAAUCCUCCUCCCCACAACCGCUCAGACAGACCCCAAUGCCCCCCAAGCCCCCUCCUCAAAUCCUCUCUCCCCCUCCUCAACCGGCUCAGCCAGACCCCCAACGCUCUCCUCGACCCCUUCUCGACCCACCCCAGGGGCUCCACGACCCCGGGAAGGGCGCUGGGACCACGGGAAGAAGCAGCUCACCGAGACCCCCACCCCUCCUGA